AUGGAAGAGAUACUUAAAAAAAUCCAAGAACACAUUCAAACGGAAGAUUUAAAACACAUAAAACUGGAAAAUUCUAAAACAAAAAAAGAAAAUCUUGAACUAAAACAGGAACAACUGAGACAACAAAUAAGAAUAGAGGAAUUGGAAAGAGAAAUCAGAAAAACAAAUCUUAUAAUCUACGGAAUAAAAGAAAAAAGAGACAACCUAAAUGAAAACCUAAGUAAAAUAGUCAAAGAUAUAGCCAACAAAAUUCAAGUAGAAAUAAACGAAAAAGAUGAUAUAAUCGAUAUCGAAAGAAUGCGUAGGACCAUAGACAAUAAAGAUAGACCAAUAAUGGUAAAAUUGAAAAGUGGGACACUAAGAAAUGAAAUGUUAAGAGAAACUAAGAAACUUAAAGAAACUGAAAUAUUUUUAAGUGAAGAUUUUUCAAAAAAUUUUCAAGAACCAAGAAACGUACUCAAAGAAGAAAUUAAACGGAUAAAAAGGAUACAAAGCAAAUAUGAACUAUAA